GGGAUUUUAAUAUUGUUAAUCUUUUAGCAUAGACAUAGUGAAUGGUGGUGAUCGACUGAUGAUAGAUGCUAAAAGAUAGAUAAAAUAACCAAACUGUCCAAUCUCAUCCCCAUAAAAUUCACCGUCUCUUCCCCUCCAAAUCCCCAUUUUCUUACCUAAUAAUCACAUCCUUGAGAUUCCUUGGUGAUUGUGUUGACAACAGGCAAUGUCGAGUAAGCUUAUCCAACCACCAUCAAUGGCGGCUUCACGAGGAGCAAUCUCAAGAAGAACAGGAAACGCCAAGAUGCUACUCUCCUUCAGUAAUUCCAAUCGCAAAACGCUGAGUUUUAGUGACAACCCGUUUCGUCUCAGACCCAUGUUCAUCGGAAAAGUCACAGAACAGAGCUCUGCUUCCUCCCCAAAUGAACAACAAGAAGAAGAAAAAGAUAUUGCAGUUUCCCAGAUUAAAGAAGAGCUCUACGAAUCUCUCAAAGGGAUCAAUAGAGGGAUUUUCGGAGUUAAAUCGGAUAAAAAAGCAGAGAUCGAGCGUCUGGUCGAGCUUCUGGAAUGUCGGAAUCCGACGCCGGAGCCAACCGGAGAGCUAGAAAAGAUCGGAGGUUGCUGGAGACUAAUUUACAGCACAAUCACUGUAUUGGGCUCUAAACGAACCAAGUUGGGUCUUCGAGAUUUCGUCUCUCUCGGAGAUCUUCUUCAACAGAUCGACAUUGCUCAGGGCAAAACGGUCCAUGUGUUGAAAUUCGAUGUCCGGGGACUGAAUCUACUCGACGGCGAGUUUAGAAUCGUCGCCGCCUUCAAGAUCAUAUCCAAAUCGAGUGUUGAGAUAACUUAUGAAAGCUCCACGAUCAUGCCUGACCAGUUGAUGAACAUCUUCAGGAAGAACAUGAAUCUUCUUCUAGGAAUCUUCAACCCGGAGGGACUAUUUGAGAUUUCAUAUUUAGACGAAGAUUUACAAGUAGGGAGAGAUGGGAAAGGGAAUGUAUUUGUAUUGGAGAGAACAGAGAAACCCUAAAUUUUUAUAAGAAAUUGCUUACUGCGUCUUUCAAACUCGGUUCCACAAGAAGAGCUUGCUUGUUCCUCAAGAAAAAUAUCAACCCUUUUGCUUUAAUUUGGUUAUAUCCUCUGUUUCGUACCAUGAAUACCUCCUCUUUGCACUUAUCUCUAAUUUGGUUAUUCUCUGUUUGAUACCAUUUGCCGGCUGCUUUGCUGCAGAUUCCGACCUCCCAGCUACUUCCUGAUAACGGCUUCACCGACGUUUUGGACAAAAACUUUGAUUGUAACCGAACUCUGAAAAAUGUUAUCUUCUCUAAACCCCGCAGAGAACACAUGCAUACCGAGCCACAAACUGCGCUGAUAAUACCAAGCUCCUUGAGUGUGAGAGGAGGUUCUAAUGGAAGGUAUAAGGCGUCGGAAAAAGGGAUGGAUCACCACAAUCAUCAUCAGCUACGCAAUCAUGAGCAUCAGGGGG